AUGGUACGCAUUUACUGUCAUGAGACGGACGAACAGGGGAUGAAAUGGUUCCGCUCUUAUUGUUUGCAGCUAGAGAAUGUGUGCAGGAUACACUGGGGUUUAGCCCAUUUGAGAUUGUGUUCGGGCAUGAGAGUAUGUGAGCUGGCAAGAGCGAACCUCAGCGAGGCCCAGAGACGGAUGAAGACGUGGUACGACAGAGAUGCUCAGUCAGAUCUUUUUCCCAGGAGAAAAGUACUGGUCUUCCUACCCGUCCCUGGGCAGUCACUGAAGGGUCGUUAUUUUGGACCAUGUAUUGUAGAGAAAAAGCUAAGUGACCUUAAUUAUGUAAUUCAGACUCCGGUAAGCGUAACAGUCACGACUUUGCCAUCUCCCGCAACCUUCCAGCGGUUAAUUAAUGGUCUAAUUUCAGGAUUAGAUGGAUGUAAAGCUUACUUGGAUGAUAUAAUAAUUUACAGUGAAAACUGGGUUGAACAUCUGGAGAGACUGCAGGCACUGUUUGAUAGGCUCGCGACAGCGAACCUAACGGUAAACCUUGCCAAGAGUGACUUCGCACAUGUACGUGUAACUUACCUGGGAUAUGAAGUUGGUCAGGGACAGGUCAAGCCUUUGAAUAGCAAGAUUGAUGCAAUAGAAAAGUACCAGUAA